GCCACCGCUCUGUCAAAGGCAGAUCUUGAUUCUAUCAGCUACUUUUACAUCUGGGAUUUUCUGCACUUCCUCAUCAUUAAGGAUCAGACUUAACAGAAAAAUAGCUUAUCGCUCUCCUUUGUUGCUGUUUUUCUAAUUAAAAUUUACUGGUGGAAUUUCUGAAGAUGGAAAAAGGAACCCAACCACAGGAUAUGGCUCCACCCUACCCUGGCCCUCCACUGAAUUAUGGUGGUAUGGCGCCUCAACCAGGCUUCCCAGCUCAACCAGGCUUCAUGACUCAGCCAGGUUUCCCAGCUGAACCAGGCUUCCCAGCUCAACCAGGCUUCUCCGCUUCUCCUGGAUACCAGGGAGGUGUUGCAUUUGCUCCUGCUGUAGUUACACCUGCAGUGUCUCACGUUGUAGUUGCUUCAACACUGGGAGACGUCCCUGGUCAAACUUUGUGUCCUCACUGUCAGCAAACUGUGAUCACCCAGACAGACUACAAGUCAGGAAUGUUGGUCUGGGCUCUUUGUGGAGGAAUGACCCUCAUGCUAUGCUGGCCUUGCUGUUGUAUCCCGUUCUGCCUCGACUCCUGUAAAGAUGUGGAGCAUCGUUGUCCAAACUGCCAAAAUGUCCUCUACAUAUACAAACGGAUGUGAAAUCACAAAAACACACACAAAAAAAAUUUAAAUAAAUAAGUAAAUCACUGCAAUCCUCUUCCUUUACUUUAUAAAUACAAAUAAUAAUAUAUAUUUUAAGUUCAAAGGGGUACAGCUUGCACUCAUAUGUGUGAUUAGGUAUUUCAAAAGAAGUUACGAUAAGGCAAUCAAAGGACAUUUUCCUUUUAAUUCUUCAAUAAAAGAAUUGUUUGCUUUCA